AUGACUUCUGUAGAGUUUGACAAACGACUUGAAGAGCGUUCAGCUCUGAGGAGCCUGAUAUCACAAUGGAAUGCCAAUCGGUUAGACCUGUUCGCGCUCUCGGAACCAAACGAGGACUUGGAAUUCCACGGAGUCAUGCGAUUCUAUUUUCAAGAUGCAGACCAGAGAGUAGUCACGAAAUGUCUCCGGGUCGCGAGUUCAGCCACCGUCCGCGAUGUGGUUCCCACAUUGAUAGAGAAAUUCCGGCCGGAUAUCCGGAUGUUGAGCGCUCCAGACUACUCGCAGUAUGCGCUCUACGAAAUCCACGAAAACGGCGAUGAGAGAAAGCUCAUGGACGAUCAGCGCCCGCUAGUCGUGCAACUCCGAUGGCAUGAAGACGAUCGCGAGGGUCGGUUCCUCUUCCGACGCAUGGACGCUAAGAGCUACUUACCUCGUCUCAACGAAGAGAACUCACUGCGAUUCCAGAAGAAACGCAUGUCCAAACGCGAGAAGAAAAAGCUAGCGAAGAAACAAGCCGAGUCCGCAUCGCAAAUAAAAGAGAACGGCGACGAGAAAAUCGCCCAGAGACUCUACACAGAAAUGCCGGAAACGAGUUUCACUCGAAGCAUCUCCAAUCCAGAGGCGGUUAUGCGCAGACGACGACAGCAGAAGCUCGAACGGAAACUCCAACAGUUCCGCGAGGAAAGCGCUGCCCUCGGUAUCAGCAGCGCCGUCUGCGGUCCGGGCGCCGGAGGAACUCUGAGGAUUUUCGGAGAGAGUCUGAAUAAGGACGUGCCGUACAAAACGUUGCUGCUGUCCACGCAAGAUUCCGCCGCUCAUGUGGUGCGCGAAAUUCUCGAGAAGUACGGAAUGGUCAACGAAGACCCGGUGAAGUACUGCUUGGUUCAGGUAUUCGUUCAGCACCCUCCGAACGGUUCGGCGGACGGGAGUCUCCCGACGGACACGUCCCUUGUGAAAGAAUAUAUUCUCGACGACGACGACUGCCCGUUGGCCAUAGAAAGACAGCAUAAUCGACUCAAAGGAACGCUGUCGUUCCACAUCCGACGUCGACCUCACGACUAUCAGCCUCGCAAAAGGAAGAAGAAAACGAAAAACACUCAAUUGCCCGACGGCAUGAGUCUUGACAAACUACCGUACCUGCAAGAGAUCCGUGCUUCGCCCGAUGGAUCAACGGUCGAGGAAGGCGCCGUUCAUCGAUUGCUUCUUGAUAUGACGGAGAUCGGUGGCGCCGGCGGCAUCGUUCCCCCACAUCAACAGAGCCUCGAGCUGCCGGGGCUUCUGCCGAGGCACUGCGUCAUCGCUCACACUCAAGGCGGAGUCGUGACGGUGACCCCCAGCGGUGAUCCGAACGCUGAGACGUUCCUCAAUGGACAGCUAAUACGCAGCACGACGAUUCUACAGCACGGUGCGAUCCUCAAGCUUGGUCAGCUGCACACGUUCCGUUUCGUCGACCCCGCCAUGGCGGCCUACCCGCAAGCCAUGCAGAAUCCGCAACCUCAAAGGAUCGAUCCCAUGGGCCCUCGGCCAGCCUCGGUGAGUGGCGAGUACGACUCCAAGAACAACGAACGUCAUCCAUCGACGAACAGCGAUGGCAGCCAACUGGAGAUGGGUCCGAGUCAUGUGCCGCAUCCUCAGCCGCAGCUCAGAGAUCCAAUUUUGCCGGCAGUCCUCGAAUUCUGGGAAGAUCACGAGAACGUCUUCCUCGACAGUGUGGUGAGCCGUCUGGAUCCCGCUCAGGUUCAAUUCAAACUGGCUCCGACCUACACGCUCUACAUGGCGGCGAGAUACAGAGCUUCAACUCACUUCAGACCGGAGUGCUCGCCCAACGAGAGAGCUCAACGUCUGACCAAGGUCAUCAACAAGGUGGCGUCGUCGAUUCAUCGAUGCGUCGAGGAACGAUGCAACAUGCCGGUUCCGAACUCCGCUCCGAUGGCGCAACACCGCGUCCAUUGCCUGUCGUUCUGGCUGGCCAACGCGUCCGAGCUCCUGAAUUUCCUCAAGAACGACCGUCAUCUAUCCGCGUACACGCUCGACGCACAAGACGUCUUGGCUGAGGGCGUUCGUCUCUGUUUCGGAAGUCUCGUCGGCUGCCUGCAGGCCGAUCUGGACAGCGCCCUCCCCCCGUUCAUCCGGAACCCGACGGAUAAAACCGAUGUGGACGGCGCCAUUCAGGACGUAAUAAACGUGUUGUCCGGGAGCAUGACGCUGUUGAGGAGGUGCCGCGUCAACGCAGCCCUGACCAUUCAGCUGUUCUCCCAGUUGUUCCACUUCUUGAACAUGUGGGUUUUCAACGCCACGAUCAAAUCCGCUUUCAACGCGUCUUCCGACCACAACAUGUGUCAUCAUCUCUGGGGUUCUUGUCUGAAGAAGCGUCUCUCGAAAGUUGUCACGUGGGCAGAGAAAGAAGGUCUCGAAUUGGCGGCGGACUGUCGUCUGAGCCGAAUAAUCCAAGCGGCCCACCUGCUGGAGACCCAGAAGUUGCCCGAAUACGCCGCCGAGCUAGCUCGGACGUGCUUCAAGCUCAACUCGCUGCAGCUGCGAGCCCUGUUGGAACGCUACCAGGUCGACGUAGAGAACGGAGAACCGCCUCUCUCUAGUCACUUCGUCGAGCAGAUCUGUAAAAUGGUGGAGAGUCAAGAAGCGGCCAAACCGGAGCAGGAUGUCAGAUUGGAGGAGGACCCGGAUCUUCAGCUUCCGUUCCUUCUUCCCGAAGACGGGUACUCGUGCGAAGCGAUUCGUGGCGUUCCACCCGGACUGACGGAGUUUUUGGCGCCUCUUACCAACGCGGGGCUUUGCCGUUUGACGCUGCAGCCGACAUCGAUCGGCCUCUGGACGAUCUACAUGUCCGAUCAGGACAUCCACAUGCGAGCUCCGUCCUUCUCGCGGGAGAUGCCUCCGAACGGAGGCCACGAGGAGCCGAUCCACAAUCAGCCGCCGCCGCAUCCGCAGGCGAUCAUGCAGCAGCGACCCGGCUACCCCGCGCGCCACGAGAUGCGGCAGGCUCCGAUGCAGCAGCCUGAGAUCUGUAUUUUGUUCCUGAAGAAACUCAACAACUCUAUGGGUCUGUCCAUCAUAGCUGCCAAGGGCUACGGGCAGGAGCAUCUGGGAAUCUACGUCAAGAGCAUAGUUCCCGGAGGGGCAGCGGAUCUCGACGGUCGUCUGCAAGCGGGAGAUCAUCUUCUGCGCGUGGAUAAUCACUCGCUCAUUGGUCUGAGUCAGGAGAUGGCAGCUCAGCUCAUGACGCGAACCGGUGAGGUCGCUCGUCUCGAGGUUGCCAAGCAAGGCGCCAUACUGCACGGCCUCGGUGGGCUGCUCCAGCAAUCCCCGAUGACGAAUCGCGAGAGCGUGAGGCGCGUGAGCGAACGUGACAUCCCCUCACGGAUGGGAAUCGAGUAUCCCGGGUCCCAGUUCGAUCCCCGGAACGCCCACACCCUGCCAAGCAUGUCGUCCAUGCAUCAACAGCCGAUGGGUCAACAGAGAAUCCAGGAGAGUAAAUCGGUACCGCAGCUGAACUAUCCAGCACCGAUGGUCCCGAAUCAAGGUUAUCCCCAAGCGAUGACCGAGCCCCAGGGUCUAUUCGAGAACGGCCGAGCGGCGAGCGUGUCGUCCUUGCCAAACCACUACGAACAACCGAAACUCCCGCCGCAGGUCGCCGCUCAGCCCCAGCAUCAGACACAGCCCCAACAAAUGCCCCAUCGACCCCAGACGCAUCCGAACGCCCCUCCCCUGGGACCGAAACCCGCUCCCGGCGUAUAUCAACAGCCCCGUAGGAGCGGCGAGUACGAUUACGGCGAGAGCGUCUACCAGAACAUAUCGCUGUAUCAGCAGAAGAACGUGUCACAAGCGCCAGCGGCGCAUCUGCAGCAUCCGUAUCCGGGCGCUCACAUUAAUCAAUUCGCUGCGCCCCCCAUGCCCCAUCAGAUGUACGGGGGACCGGUUCCGGCCGGGGGAAUGCAGUUGCCGGGAAAAGUCGCGCAGCCGGCCGCCAAUAUGCACCAGAGCGCAAUCUAUGGUCAGUACCAGCCGCAGGCGAUGAAACCGCCGAUGGGUGCGUACGGUCCGCAACAGGCGCCGCCUCCGCACAUGGGGGGACCCAACGUAGCGCAAUACGAGAAUCAUCAUAUUCAGAACUCUAUUCCGGAGUCGCAAUAUAAUCCACCGCCUUUAUCUCAAUACAAUCACAUGCCCCCGCCGUCCCAGUCCCGUACAACACAGAACGGCCUGGCUCCGCCCCAAUAUCAGAACCACAUACCGCCCAACCGGGGACCGUCGCCGUCUCGACAAGUCAAAACCUUGCAAUGGCAAGAGACCACGAUUUCGGAACAGACCGUCCGCGGUGAGCGAUCUGCCGAUCCUAAUUCACUACGGGCCGACGCGAAAAUGGACGAGAUGCGCGAAGAGGUCCACAGACGUCAAAUGCGACAGCAGCAACAGGUGUCUGCGCCGCACCAGCAACAAGCACCGCAAGCGUCCCAUCAAUCGCAGCCAGGAGCUCACAGCCGUUCGGAGGUUUCGCGGAAGGUUGAAAUCAAAGAUCGCUACGAAGGUGUCGGCCAGCAGAUGCCAUUGGCACCGAACGGGAUUCUCGGCAAAGCUGCGCGAGAUCGCGAGGAGAAGGAACGAAGGGAAAUCGAGCGACGUGAGGAAAUUCGAGCUAGCAUCGACGAGGAGAUCGAACAGCUCGCAGCGAUGCCAAAUAGAGAUGAAAAACAGGAAGAGAGACUCAGGUGUCUUCGUCUGGAAAGCGAGUUCCAGAGGAGAGCAAUGGAAGGCGACGACGAGGACGACGAAGAAGAUUUGGCUGCCAGAAGACACCAAGACAGGGAACGCAUUUCCCAAAUCCAGGACAACAUCGAGCAAGCGCGUCAGAAACACAUGCUACAACAGAAGCGCGAGCAGGAACUGCGGGAAGAACGCGAAGCCGCCCAACAAAAAGAGAUGGAGGUUCGUAGACUAGCUAUUAGAGCACGAGGGAAUAUAAUCAUCUUAUUGGAUAUAACAUACCGUUAUCUGGCUACCCUGGCUGAAGAGGAAGAGGACAUCCCUCCACCUUUGCCCAAAUCUCCUCCGCCGCCGCUCGAUAUGCCGACCGCGCCAAACAACAAUAACUCUCAGCCGACGGGACUCCAGCCUCUCCAAUCCGUUCUGAAAAACUCUAAUGGCAUCCUGAACAGUCCCAGCAAGGGCAAUCUGAAGCACACAAAUUUCAACAACAACAACAAUAACAAUCACGGAGAGCAACCAAGCAAUCCUCCAGCGAAGAAGAAAGUUUCAUUCCAUGAGACUCAUCUCGAAGUGUCCUACGAUAACUAUGAGGACGACUAUUACGAUGAGGAGGAAGAAGAAGACGAACAAAUGAUGGAAAAUGACGACUAUCAUAACCACAUGGCCAUGCAAGUCCAAAUGGAGCAAGCGCAACAGAAUCAACAUCUGCAUCAGGUUCAACAAGUACAUCAUCAGGUACAGGACCAGCAGCAACCUCCGCAUCAGGAAAUCGUCAACGGGGGACGAUCGGGGAUCGUUGAAGAUUCGCAGGAAGCGGAAAAGUACACACUGGAAGACAUCGACGAAGUUUUGAAUCAGCCUCAACUUACGUUCUCGCCUCAGGCGCCUGGCGUCAUAGGGAGUCAAGAGGUCUAUAGAGAUCCUCGUCAGCGUAUAAUUAGCGCGAAACAGAGUCAGAAGGAGAGCAGUCCCCCAGUAGGACCCGAGAAAUUGACUUUCCAAGAGAAAAUGAAAAUGUUCGCGAAAGAAGUCGGUGAAAGAACCCCCCAGGCCAAAACGUCGGUGUCUAAAGCGCAGAGGGAGAUCGAUCAUUUGGCGACGCCGCCAACUUCGCAUUGAUCGGUCAAGUCAUUUUUAGGAAUCUACAUAUAUUUUCAAUGGUGCUCUAUCGGAUACGGACGGAUCAAUGGAUUUGCACGCUUCUUCGACAACGACUGCUGAUACGUGAACACAGGCAAGAACGUUGAUGGACGUGGAAGUCCUUUCCGGGAGCUGUACAUUCGAAUCCAAGUGCCUUAAACCUUCGGAUCGUUUUUGUGAGUCUCUGGCGCGAU